AUGGGUGUCGAGACUUCUGCUCAUCACGGGGAGACGAUCAGCCCAGCUGGCGCUCCCCAGCAAUAUUCAAGUCAAGAGUCCGUGGCUGUGAAUAAGCCCAUGGAUUCCGGAGUCGACACACCCGUUCCCCGCAUUACGCUGCGGGCGUUCGUCAUGGGUGCAUUCGUCUCAAUGGGUGGUCUACUCUUCGGUUACGAUACCGGUCAGAUCUCUGGUUUCCAGGAGAUGUCCAACUACUUGGAACGUUAUGGUCAGCUGAAUGAAGAAGGAAAAUACUACUUCAGCCAUGUCCGUUCUGGCUUGAUUGUCAGUCUGUUGUCCAUUGGUACCUUGAUUGGUGCCCUCUGUGCUGCUCCUAUUGCCGAUAAGCUGGGCCGUAAAUGGUCCAUCACAUUCUGGUGUAUCAUCCUGAAUGUCGGACUCAUCAUUCAGAUCUCUUCCCCAGCGGGCAAGUGGGUCCAGAUGGUCAUGGGCCGUUGGGUGACUGGUCUCGGUGUCGGUGGUUGCUCCCUGCUCGUUCCCAUGUACCAGGGUGAGAGUGCUCCUCGCCAGGUUCGUGGUGCGAUGAUCAGUUGCUACCAACUGUUCGUCACCUUGGGUAUCUUCCUCUCUUACUGCAUCAAUUUGGGAACCGAGCAUCUCGAUGGCACUGCCCAGUGGCGGAUUACUUUAGGUCUCACCUUUCUUUUUGCUCUCGUCCUCGGUGGUGGUAUGGCCUGCUUCCCCGAGAGCCCACGUUUUGAGUACCGUCACGGUCGUGUCGAUAGUGCUCGUAACACCAUGUCCAAGCUUUAUGGUGUUCCUGAGAACCACCGCAUCAUCCUUCAGGAGCUCGAGGAGAUCCAGCAACAGCUCGAUGCCGAAUCCCAAGAGCAGGUUUGGCACGAGUUUAUCACCGCUCCACGCAUGCUGUACCGUAUCGCCCUGGGUAUGGUGCUCCAGUCUUUGCAACAGCUCACUGGCGCCAACUACUUCUUUUAUUAUGGUACGACUAUCUUCCAAGGUGCCGGUAUCUCCAACAGCUUCAUCACACAAGUUAUUCUCGGUGCCGUCAACUUCGGUACCACUUUCGGUGGUCUAUACAUCGUUGAGAACUUUGGUCGUCGCAAGUCCCUUAUCGCCGGUGCCGGUUUCAUGUUUGUUUGCUUCAUGAUCUUCGCCUCCAUCGGCCAUUUCAUGUUGGACGUCAACCACCCCGAAAAUACUCCCGGACCCGGCAAGGGCAUGGUUGUCGUCGCUUGCUUCUUCAUUACGGCCUACGCCAUGACCUGGGGACCUAUGAUCUGGGCGAUUUGUGCAGAGCUCUUCCCUUCUAAGUACCGCGCCAAGGGUAUGGCUCUGGCCACCGCAUCCAACUGGUGCUGGAACUUCCUCAUCGGUUUCUUUACCCCAUUUAUCACCGGUGCCAUUGACUUUGCUUAUGGUUAUGUCUUUGCUGGAUGCUUAGCAGUUGCUGCCCUCGUCGUUUACUUCUUCGUUAUUGAGGGUAAGGGCCGUACUCUUGAGGAGCUCGACUGGAUGUACGUCAACCGCAUCACACCCUGGAAGAGCAGCAACUUCGAGAUGCCCUCGCUGCAGAACCAGCAGUAUGGCUAUGGGGACCAGUAUGGUCGCAAGGAGUCUCAGUCGUAUCACGCUGAGAACGCAUAA